AAGCAGUCGAGCGGCUGAAAUCGUAGUGACUAGGGCAAAAAAUGGCAUUUACGUCAAAUGACGAUGAAAUUUUAAUCAACGAAAUACAAAAAUAUCCCGUAAUUUAUGAUUAUGAAGACAAAAAUUUUGUUAUUAAAGUAAAUUGUUGGAAAAAGUUCGCUAAAGAAUUAAAAAAAGAAGAUAUUGUUGAGUGUAGAAGAAAAUACUACGUGAGUCCAGAAUGGGUUACUUACAAUAAAGCCGUAGAGUUGUGUCUAUCGAGGUCUAUGCAGUUAGCUUCUAUACAGACUAAAGAAAAAAAUCAAGAAAUUCUGCAGUAUUUAAAUAGUUUAGAAUUCUGGAUAUGGGAACCCGAUCCCCAAUACGUAUACUUCGUCCAAAACAAACGUCUGUUCUACUGGACUUCCGGAAUCCUGACCGAAGAUACCUGGUACUGGAUCAACGGCACGGCCAUAACGUACUUCAACUGGUUGGAGGGCAACCCCUCUAACACCGAUAACAAGGAGAAGUGCCUCGAGGUCCUCGUUCCUGCUAACAAGAACGACCUAUUGUGGAACGACGUCGAUUGCAACUCAAAAAGGCACUUCAUCUGCGAGAGCGUCGAUCCCAAUGGAGUCAAUCCGGUGUUUUCGUUUUCGUCUGAGAAAUGUUACUAUAUCAACCACAAAAGGCUACCAUAUCACGAAGUCGUCCAAUUCUGUAAAUCCCUGUCCAUGGAACUGAUUAGCGUUCCCUCUGUCAACAAAAAUAUCGAACUACAUAGAUUAUUACAACACUCAGGAAAAGGCUUCAUCAACGACAGUCACAGUUGGCCCUUCUGGUCUUCCGGUAACCGCUUCGCUGACGGAAAAACCUUCUAUUGGUUAUCGGGGGAACCGAUAGAGUAUUUCAAUUGGCAAGACAUGUAUGACAACGGUUCCUACUGCAUAACGCUGUAUUCCGAUUGGACGGAGAUCCUGUGGGAGAACCGGAAUCCGUGCUCCUUCGGGCAAUCGUUUAUAUGCGAAAAUGCGAAUUAUAAGAUGGAGAAGGCUAGAAAGAACGUUUAUUAUGAUGGGGUUGAGUACAGGAAUUAUAAGCCUGGGUUGUUGCCUAUUCAUCUGACCAAGCAAUAUUAUAUUAGUCAUGAAGUAGUAACUUACUAUAGAGCGCAUAAGUUUUGCGAAUCAAGAGGGUUACAGCUUCUAAGUAUACAAGAUAAAGAUAAGAACCAAGCUAUUUACAGGGAAUUAAAUAAAAGAGGUAUUACAAGAAAUUUUACAUAUUGGAUCUCAGCAGCUCGAGUACCCGGUACCAACAUAUGGGAAAGCGAUGGUGGUUUGGCUGUGAAAUUCUUCAACUGGAAGAAAGGUUCUCCUAGGGAUAACAAGUAUAACGCCAACUGUAUAGAACUCUUCCAAAGUGGCAGGGAAUUAAAAUGGAACGAUAUCCCUUGCGAAUACAAAAGGAACUUUAUCUGUGAAAACGCUUUUCCUAAGGUCAACAUGUAUUGCAUAAGAUCGCAGGAAGAUGUUUCGGAAGCUAGUGGUGUACAGUAACAAUACAAAAAGUUUUUUGUAAAAUAAAGGACUUGCUGUUUCCUUAAUAGUAGAUAGUUUAGAAUACCUACAUUUCAGUAAAGUAAUAUAUAUAGUAAUAUAUUUCAGUUAUACUUAAAAUACGAUAUUUCUGGAAUUCAAUUACCACGUAAAAUGAUACACCCUGUAAAUUAUGUAAUAAACUCAGUUUAUGGAAUUUCAGAUAUUAUCGAUUAUUUCACUUGUUACAUUUUUAGAUAAUCACAAAUCUGUUUUUAGUUUCGUUAACAUUACUCUGGAUAUAAUUUAUAAGUGAAAAUUUAAACUGUCAAAAUAUUGACUAAAUAACUAUAUUUUUAUUUACCUCCAUCGUAUUCUCACUGCAAUAUGAUAAAUAUAGUACUUAUUUUACAAUACGAAUGUGGAAAGUGACAUUUUUCACACGAGUGGCAAAUAUAGUGGCACGAGACAUAAUCCGAGUGCGCCAAUUACUCCUUUUUUAUUUUGAACUCUUCGCUCAAUGAACCGGUAUCAUGCAAUCUUUAGUGAAUUCUUCCAAAUAUACGAUGCGAAGGAAUCCCUAGAUUUGGAAAAGCUUCACAAUUAAGACAUCGCACUUCGGUGGCAUACCCAUUAGCACGGUCAUAUAUAAAAUGCAUGUCGGUUAAUUCUGCAUUAAGGGCCUCAUACACCUCGUUCUUCUCUGCCGUUUUCAACCGAUGCGAAAUAGCGAAGUCGGUUGAGUCUACACACAUCAGUUUUGUUUCGCGCCGGUUUAUCAUGAUGGACCGUACGUGCUUGUUAGCAGUGGUGGCGGCUUUGCCAGUGAAAAAUAAGAUUGUGAAAAAAGAAAACGUCACAUCAAAUAGACACUAUAAUAGGAAACAUUGGAACUGACCUAAGAUUUCUUCUCAUUCUUCCCAUAUAAGUAUCUUCCCAAUAAUUAAUUAAAUUAUCCAUUUCAUCUGGGCACCUCUCAGUCAAAGUUACAAAUGCAAACUUGACCAUCGUCUGAAGGUGUGAAACUUAAAGCUAGGAACAUUUUUACGCACAUUCGCAGAUUAUCAUUUUUUAGGUAUUUUACAUUUUUUAUUUGGGCUAAAUUGCAAGGUUUU